AUGAUGAAUGACGAUGAAGCUCCUCCAUCAUUUCUUGUUCAACGUCGAUCAAAGAAAAAUCGUCAAACAAAAACUCAACUUGUUUUUGACGAACAAGCCCGAAAAGAUUAUCUUAAAGGUUUUCACAAGCGUAAAAUUGAACGACGUGAACGAGCACAAAAAGAUCUUGAAGAUGAAAUAAAAACUGAUUUGAAAAAUUUAAGACAAAAACGACGUGACGAAAUGAAAAAACGACACCAGGAAUUAGGUUUACUCGAUACUGUUGAAAAUAAUACAAAAAAACGAACGAUUGAACUAAAAGAUCAUACUAUUGAAAUAGCUGAAAUGGAUGAUCAAUUAAUUUCCAAUACAGGAUUAUAUAUGGGCAACAAUCAAAUCAAUAAUCCUGAAGCAAAUAAUGAUGAAGAAUCAACAACAAAAAAGAAAAAGAGUAAAACACCGUUAUCGAAAAAAAUGUCCAUACUACAAAAUUUGAAAGCGCCUGGCGGGUUGAAAAAAGGACAUAUUAAUAAACCAAAACCAAGACGUACAUCAACAAAAUUGGGUAAAAAGGGCGGAAUUCAAACGCCAUCGAAAAAGAAAAGAACCCGCCAAUAG